AUGAAGGAGGCUCACGAGUUAGCAGCAAAUAGAUCUAGAUUAUCUGAGAUGAAAGGAAAGAAGCAUCAUGAGCGCAAGGGUCAUAGUCCUGUUCUACGGCCAGAUUCAGUAAGAAAUGUACCUGAAAGAGGAAGAUCUGCAAAAUUGCGAUCUUACUGGGAAGAGGCAAUUUAUCGACUAAUCAAGCGGAAAGGAGAAGAGAGCCCAUUUACGAAGUUGAACGUUGAACCUGAAUCAGGCGAAGGACUGCGUCGUGUGAUACACAGCAGGCUGAUACUUCCAUGCAAUGACUUAACCUUUAAAAGAAAAACAGAGGAUCCAGCCAGGAGAUCGAAGCAGAAAAGGAAAAUUACCAGACCAGCUGUUUUGUCCACCCCCAGCCCAGCCUCGGAAAUCAGUUCAGAUGAAGAGGCUUAGGGUAUGCUGACCUUAACGGCAGUGGGAAAAGGGACUGCCCCACAUCAGAAACCUGUCGUCGAGGAUCCAGUGGCAAAUGACGAAUUUUCCCAGCAGUCAGUUGAGCAAGAAAUACCAGCACCCACAGAACCAGGAGAUGAACGCAAGCAAGCAAAAGGAUUUCGUAAUCCUUUCAUUCGGAAUGUGCACCGCGUUAAACAAAGAAAUAAAUAAGUAAAUAAGAGAAACCGAACGUGUCUAGAUCAAAAUUGGAGAUAAAAAUUAACAGCACAGCACAGCUAAUUUGAUCUAUGAAAUAUUUAGAAAAGAAAAAGACUAAUCUUGAAGAAAAGGAUCUUCCCUCGCCUCCAAGUCGCACUAAAGUGUUACAAAAGUUUUCAAGAAACUGUGCAACGCAAAUAUUCGUUAACAUCAACUGAACAUGAACAGACAGUGUAACGUUCAAAUAAAAUUCGAAACAAAAAGGUAACGUUACAUGUGCUCCCUCUUCCUUAGUGCAUGGGUUCGGAUCCUACUGUCUACCAUAAUCAUUUUUUAAAUUGAAGAGACUAGCACUUCCACGAACAUUUCCAGCUUGAAAUAUCAUCUAAGUGUGAUAUAAAAAGCAGAAAGAAGUUCUACCUUGUGUAAAUUUCAUAUGUGGAAAAAGGGGCUCCGGCCAAUGGGAUCUAAUGCUGACCAUUUAAAGAUGACUCAGGGCAAGGAUUCCGUACGGAUUAGGUGUGCCGUCUUGCUCGCUCACUUCACGAUCUCUCGCGCGGCGGCAAAAUCGCAAAAAGCGCACAAGGUCUGUCUUGUUGCUAGAGUCCUCCAUAUUUGUCUAAUCUUAUUGUUUUGCUAUCGGCUUACAUUUGUCAACGCUAUCAGCUUAAAUUUAGAACAACCUCCUUGCUUGAAAUGGUCUUCAUUCGGCUAAAAGCUUAAUACCUUGUUUUUUUGUUUUGUUUUUUAGUUUUCAUUUUUUUUUAUUCAUCCUUGUAGACAUCAAUGAAUGUAAGGACGGAUUACACAACUGUGGCGAUGUGUCCAAUUGUGAGAAUAUCCAUGGAUCUUUCAACUGCAUUUGCAAAAUUGAUACAAAAAUACAAAGGUAAAUGAUACUGACAUGAAUGAUAGCUGAGACCUAAUUCUAUUUUAGCAAUUAUUGAAUAAGGCUGAGUGUGACGUGAAGAAUUAUGCAGAUCGAGGUGGUGGAUAUUAUCCAUCGAGGCUGAAGGCGCAGUUUUUCGCCAUACGAAAGCAGAAUUUGGUAAUUAUUUUUAUUCCUUCAAAGUAUUUUAAGUCCUUAAAAAGGUUACCUCCUCGUAAACUUUCUUUUAAAGCUUUGGCCCGUUUCUUGGCAUGGUAUCAGGAUAUAAACAGACGUAUUUUUUUCGUGCAGAAACUCCUCAAAAGGUAGACAACAUCUAUCGAGUAAUAUGCAUUGUGUGUGACUCUUGUGUAUUCUCCUUUUUUAUUCGUCCAUUCAUCAGUAAAGUCAAAAGUCAGCUAUCUCCUCCUCGGAUAGCUCUGAACGUCAUGUUUUUUCAUUUACUCAUGAAUAAACAGCUCGGCGGCCGCGCAUGUAUACGAGGUUGGUCGAUGGUAUAUUGCUUAAGCAGCCUCGUUUCCAGGCCAAGAUUUUGAUCAAUCUCGUCUCCAAACAAAUACACUAUUAAAUCGAUGGAGUAUUGUUUUCAUUUUUCAUUAUUUGGCAUCGUAAAGAAUGACGUGAGAUAUCCGAGAGCUUUAAGCGCGCUCCGAGUGGCAGAUUUGAAAGGAUACCUUGUAGGCUUUAAUAUGUUGCUCGUAAGAAGAUUUUACAACUGAAUCCAAGAAUUAAAACUUAGCCUUGUUUUAUGUUGUGAUCAGUUAAAAUGGAUCCAAAUUUAAAUGAUUAUCACAUGGUGGUCCUCAAGCGUCAGUUGCAUAUGAAAAAUUAGCCUGGGGGAUGAAUGAACAUUAAUGAACUCUAUAUGUUGAGUUGUUUUUCGCCAUUUUGUCUUUGUUAUGUUUUCCUUCCCUUUUUUUUUUAUUCUCUACUUGCUAUUUUUAUGGAUUAAGUGUAACGUGUUCUACAACCCUGCAACAAACCUUAAUUAACCAUAAUACAAUAGAAGUAAGAAUAGUUUAGGUUUUGCAUGCGGCUGACCCAUCGUGAAAUACAAAAACUCAAAAAAAAAAAAGAACAGAUAUGUAGAGUUUUAAAAAGCAAAUUAAUUAAUCGUUUCAAAAUAAUCUUCAGCAGAUUCAUCAGCAGCAAAUGCUCUAAAGACGUCAACAGCAUCAUUAGCAAGUCAACUGUGCAGGUAUUUUCUUGGAUCAGGAUUAGCUGGAACAAAGUGGAUCCAUCUAUACCGUUUAGUACUUUCACAAUAAUGUUAUAUUCAUUAUCUCAUAUCUUUCCCUGGCAAGCUUUUCUAAUUUCACAAAAGUAGCAACUUGUUCAUCACGACAUCAUUACUGCUAUUGUGGAAGAAUAAAAUCUUAGUAUUUUUUUCUAUAAUAUUUAUUCUAUUUGGCAAAUGUAUAAAAUAAAAUAAAGUUAUUUUUUGUUAGCCAACUUUUUAUUUUAUCAAACUCUUAAAUAGUAAGGUGUUUAAUAAAUAAGAAGUUGGGUAACAAAAAAAAAACUAACUUUAUUUUUUUAUUUAUUACUUUUUUUUUUUUUUUUAAUUUACUUAAUGGGAUAAUAAAAAAAAAUAUUAGAGCACGACUUCCAGUGAACAAUAUCUGAAAUAAUCGCGUCCCUCGAAUGAUCGUCUCUAAUAAUAAUGACGAUGAGAAUGGCAAUCGCCCCGGGCUAUUAUUCGAGGAAAUGCGAUACAUCCUGAACCAACAUUUAUAGUGUUUCGGGGAACCUCUUCGGUGGAAGACAAAUAUAAGUAUACAAGCUAAAAGCGCGGGACCCAGCCAACAAGUCCGUUAAUUUGUCAACUAAUUACACAGCGUAACUGAGGUCAAUUGAUAGUAUAGCUUGUUAAACUCUCUAAACCUAGAUCUUCAAAUUACCAGGAAUUACGAUAAACGGGUCCUGUGCCCACAAUGGCUGGAGGGUUUCUUUGGUGUUUUAUUUAUUUCUUUUAUUUUUAUUUUUUCACUUUUUGUUAAUUGUUAUCAUCUCUCAUUAAAGCGUAUCUCUAUCUUUGAGCAUAAUGAAACAAUUUAACAUUUUGUCUCUUUUUUCUCCAAUUAUGCAGUGUCAUCGCCAACUAUGACAACUGUCACUAGCCCAUCAGCAGCCUCAUCGAGUUCCUCAACAACUGCCUCAAUGCAGCCGACAAGUCCAGGCAUGUUCUUAAAAGCGCUAGCACACCAUAUUCCAACAUUUUCCAUAUUGCUGCAAGAAAGAAGUCUUAGGAAAUCUGAACACAUCAUAGAAUAAUAAAAAACAAACAAACAGAAAACAAAAACAAACAAAUAACAACAACAAUAACAUCAAUGAUCGGCUCUAGAUCGGUUAUAGACUGUUUUGCUCAAUUGGAAAAGUACCGGCGUGCCCCCAAGCAGUUGGACGUGGCAUCUAACCGGCCUUUGGUCUUUCAAAAAUGGUAUAUGCGGGCUGUGUUUUCGAUCAUGUCGCAAUUCACAUGAUUUAACAUUUUCUUUCUUUUUUCUCCAAUUUUGCAGUGCCAUCGCCACCUAUGACAACUGUCAUUAGCCCAUCAGCAGCAACAUCGAGUACCUUAACAACUAUCUCAAUGCACCCGACAAGUCCA